AUGAACAUCAACAGCAACAAUAACAGUGAACAAUCCUUUUGGCAAUUCAGUGAUCAACUAAGACACCAAGCAUCAAACUUAGCAAAUCUGUCACUAAAUGAUUCAAUUUGGAGCAACAACAAAAGACCUGAUCAAAGAAGAAACUUUGAUGUCAAAACCAAUGGAGUUUCUGAUAUCAACAACUCCUUCACUAAUUUCAACUCAAAACCUAGUGAUUUCAAUGAUGGAUGGAAGAUGAUGAAUAAUUCUAAUGGAUCAUCACUUUUUUCCAUGCCACAUAAUAAUUCCUUUGCUGGAUUUAAUAAGGGGGUUUAUUCUUCUCCUUAUGCUAACAACAACAACAACAACCUUAACCACAACAACGUUAACAAUAUCAAUCUUAGUGGUUACAAAUCAGGUUUUAAGGUUGCUGAUGAGUUUCAACUACCUAACAAAGGUGUGAAGAAGAAUCUGAACAACAAUAGUAGCAACAAGAAGCAUGGAGAUAAUACUGAUGUUGUCAAAACUUCUGGUGACAAGAAAUUCAAAACUCUGCCACCGUCUGAGUCACUGCCUAGGAAUGAAACUAUUGGUGGGUAUAUCUUUGUUUGCAACAAUGAUACUAUGGCUGAGAAUCUCAAGAGACAGAUCUUUGGUCUGCCUCCAAGAUACAGAGAUUCAGUGAGAACAAUAACUCCAGGGUUACCCCUUUUUCUGUACAACUAUUCCACCCACCAACUCCAUGGUAUUUUUGAGGCUGCAAGUUUUGGUGGAAGUAAUAUUGAUCCAACAGCUUGGGAGGAUAAGAAAUGCCCCGGCGAAUCUCGUUUCCCUGCUCAGGUACAAGUGAUCAAUAGAAAAGUUUGUGAGCCACUAGAAGAAGAUUCCUUUAGACCAAUUCUUCACCACUAUGAUGGUCCUAAGUUUCGUCUCGAAUUGAGUGUGUCUGAGGCGCUGUCUCUUCUGGAUAUUUUUGCAGAUCAGAAUAGUUUCAAUGAUAUUUUCAAGGCUAUACCAGCAUAA